AUGUCCCACCCUGUUUCAGCAAAUCCCUGGGAGAAAAUAGGCGUGGACCUAAUGGAAUGCGCAGGACGUCAUUUUCUCGUCACGGUCGACUACCUCAGCAACUUCUGGAAAGUGGACGAACUCCGAUCCACAACGAGUGAUGCAGUUAUCAGAAAGCUGAAAGCUCACUUCGGCAGAUAUGGCAUUCUGAUAACAGUGUUCACGGAUAAUGGACCCCAAUUUGCCAGCCAGCAGUCCACCCAGUUCGCGAAUGAAUGGGACUUUAGGCAUCACACGAGCAGCCCACACUACCCGCAAUCAAAUGGCAUGGUGGAGUCUGCAGUGAAAAUGGCGAAGAAACUAAUAACGAAAGCACUCGAGAGUGGGCGAGAACCACAGCUAGCUUUCCUUGACUACAGGAACACACCCCAGCAAGGAACACAAAUGUCGCCCGCACAAGCAUUUCUAGGGCGCAGAACGCGAACCACACUACCUACAACGGAGGUCCUCUUGCAGCCGAGGUAUGGGACACCACAAAUAGCAAAGCAAGCACAACAAAGACGAAGUGCCACUUACUACAACAAGAAUGCAAAGCAGCUCAGUGAGCUACAACCAGGACAGACUGUACGAGUACAUCCAGUGGCAAGCACGAGCAAAUGGAAGCUCGGGACAACUACGAGAAAAAGUGGGCCACGUUCAUACGAAGUUCGCAGCGAGGGCCAACUUCUCAGACGCAAUCGCGUACAUGUCCGUGAAGUCCCUCACCACGAGAAGAAGCCCAAUGAACCAAUAUCCAUCUCUCAAAGAUGCAGUCGACCGAACCAACCUCUGUUGGACCACAAUGACUUGCUGGACACAGAAGACAAGCGAUUUCUUUCAAAGGGGAGGAUGUUUAGAGAUGUAUAA